CGCUAGGAAUCUUACUUGAGCUUACUUAAGCUUUUCUUGCGGGACACGUGUUGUGAAGAUUAGGUGAGUGAAAAGCCAUUCAUCUUAUUCCAAUCUGUUAUCAAUGAUUUAGACUAAAGACUAAACCAAACUAAAGACUUUAGACUAAAGCAGGCGCAAGGUCGCCGUUUUCGCCAUGGAUCAUGACCUGCUGUUAGACUUUAACACGCGAACGUUAAUAGCCGGUGGAGGAAUUGAAUUAUUCUUGCUUAGACUCAUAAUUAGUUCCAGUAGGGGGCCAUUUUAAACAAAAAGUAACAAAUGAAAGUGCUUCUGCAUAAUGGUUGUAAAAAUUGGGUAGUAUGACCAUCAAGUGAGUGAACACUGCCUGAACACCAGCUCUUUGAGUAGUUCAGUCGCCAUAAUAAACAUUACGUCAGCUUGUGUUCUGCGAUUUCAUAUUAGAAUUUUAAGUACGUUCUGUAUUGUUACCUUAGAAGUCUUUCGGUAAAUUUCCAAGAUUACAUUUUUCCCUGAGGAGUCUUAAAAUCCAACCUUGAGCCUAAAAGUAUUAUUUAUUGAUCAUCAGUUGAAAUACACCCUAUUUAAAAAAUUUGGCUGCUAUUUUCGAUUAUUUAUAACCUUAUUGAUCGUAGAAAUGACGCCAACAAUGUUCAAACUGAUGUGACACCAUGAGGCACACGGAAAAAGUUCUAUACGUAUUAUCUUCGUUAUUUAACAAUUUUUCUCCUGCAAAGAACAAACUUUGGCCGAAAGCUUUCGAGAUUUUAACAAAACAUACCUUUAAGUUACAUCUUGAGGUGAUCACUGCAAAUAAUUUUUUCUGUUUUGGAGUUGGGGUCAUAACGGAACACUCACUGACUUGCUUUAGGGGUAACAGUGAGGUUUGUUUUCCUUGGGCUUAUCAUUAAUUGCUUGUCAUUGAAUAAUUUCUAAUUUGAAGUUGAGGGGAAUAUUUAGCUAUUAUUGCAUGAGCACACUUCAGAUAUGAGAUGGUAAAUAGCUAACUGGGGGCAUAGCACCAAGUUGGCGAUAACCAGUCUCUUAUUCCCCAGGCAGGAAUGGAAAAAUUUUUUUAACUACAUUUCAUUUAAUCCUGAAUGUUUAAAUUUUAAGUGCAUUUCCAUCUAAGGUGACUCAGAAUACAAGCUAAUAACCAGAGUUGGGUGAAUCAAUCAGAACAGUACUGAUUGUGAGGUGAUUAAUUUUUCAGGUGAUCAUCAGAACAAAAAGCACAAAUUUAUUUUAUUUUCUUACAUUUAACUUCUCUCACAUCAAAAAAUAGGGAAAUGGAGUGUGGUGUGUAGAUCACACAACCAAUCUGUAAAGGGGACAUGACAGUAGCAAAGAGAAAAUGGAACAAGAUUAUUUGUGAUGGCAAUGUUAAUAAUUGUUCGCCCUGAAAUUUCUAACACAAGUUUGUGAUGUUUACAAUUUCCACUUUUAAUUGUGAAAUAUAUGCCUUCAAUUUUCUGAACCCCUGGUUUUUGGAUAAGGUUGUGUUCAGCCUGAGUCCUCUUAGGCAUAAAUAUUGAUGUGCGUUUUGCAAUAUACAAAAUUAUUCUUGAUGUAAAGGUGUAAUAUUUUUUUUAAUAGAAAUUUGUCAGAAGAAUCAAACCAAAAAAUAAAGGAUUUUUAAGGAUUGACAAGUUGGACAUUGUCGAUGACUCUUGAAAAAAAAUCCUGAUCAUAUUUUUGUAGAGGUGAAAAUUGUUGCACAAUUCCUUUUAUGGUCAGUUUCAAGGAAAGAUAAACAUGCAUUGUUAUAAUGAUCUGUUUGUUUUUUUGGAUGGGGAACAAUUUCCCACGGUGUGAGGCAUUGCCCCCUUCCUAUACUGAUUGAUGCAUUUUUUUAUCCCUGUAAAAUAUGAUGAAGGGUUUUCCUAAGAAUGAAUGGAGAUGGUAGGUGUGCUCUAAUUGGGUAAAAUCCUAUUGUUUACCAUACCAAUAAACCAUCGCUAUCUUACAAAAGCAACGAACUGCAUGUUCACUUGCCUGAUUAUGUGAUUUUUAUGCUCAGUAAAGGAUACAUGUGCAGUGCAAUAAUGAGGAAUCUUCUUAACAAGCAUACCAAUUCACUGUACAUCUUGGGAGAACUUGAGACCAGUCUGUAAAUCACUUGCUUUUGGUUUGUGACUCAACUUCUCAGUGUUGUUUUUUUCUAAAUAUAUGUCUUGGGAUUUGUACCAAAACAGAAAGAAUUUUAGUAUUAUCCAGUAUGCAGAACAAGGCUGAAUAGUUUAACAUAGUUGAAUUUAUCUCAAUGGUUUUGAAACUUUUGCAUGUGGCAGGGUCAGGAUUAGUUUGUACUUUUGCCACUUUGAAAAAGGGUAUGCAAAAGAUUUGCUGUGUUCACCAGUGAGAUAUCUUCAUUUAAUUAAACUACUUUAUUAAAGGAUAAGUUCUUUUAAAAAAUUGUUGACAAACAAUUUUUAUUCCUACACAGAUAUUUUGGUGGCCUCUAGUUACACAACAGCUGGAUAAGGAGGUCAUACAAGUGAAAGAAAUGAGACUGAGGAAACGUAGAUUACUAGUUCGCAUGGUACUUUUACUUGUUCUUGUGGGGCUUUAUGUACAGAUAAAUUUACAAAGUUAUUCUUACUACAAGAACUGGUUCUGGAGACCUGUUGUCAAGUGUGAAAACAGUGAAGAAGAAUUAAAUGCACUAGUUGACCUCACAUAUCAAAUUCACAUGAUUUUAAAUAAAAUGAAAGUAGGCCAUUGGCUAAUGUAUGGUUCGAUAUGGGGAGCCUUGCGGAUUGGCAGACCCCUCCCAUGGGACAAUGAUGUGGAUAUUGGAUUUUAUGGAGAAGACAGAUUUGCACAUAUGACCUUAAAUGAAUUUAUCGCUCCCUUCAAAGCUGCAGGACUUAAAGUGAAAAACAAAUGGAUUCAAAGUGGAACCAUUGUCAUUGAAAAAGAGGGUCUUCCACUAACCGUAGACUUAUUUGCAUUCUACAAUCAAGGAGGAGUUAUGAGAAGAAGAGGAUUAGAGUCUUGGAUCUUUGCUCUGAAUUAUCGCACUCAUCACUCCUUUCCUGCUAAGCUAGUUGAACCAGAACUUCCUCAAGCAAAGUUUGGCUUCUUCAAUAUCUCAAUUCCUAAAGGAGGGAUUGAAAUUAUGAAGCACCUAUACCCCUAUAACUGGUGGAAAGAAGUUCCCCCAGUUGGGUGUUGAGCAUACAAGUCAACAUAGGAAAGUUUUUAAUUAACUUUAACCCUUUACACCAGUCAUCAGCAAAAAAAAAAUUUCCACACAGUUCUCUGUGAAUUGCCCAUGGUACCAACCAGGAGAAUUUGCAACUUGGAGGGUCAAUUUUUUGUUAUUAUUCUUGUGUCCAUAAUGUUUAAUUUAAGCAGUGAUACUGCAAGGAGAUUAGAAACUAGUCACUCUUUGGGAUUGAAGGGUUAUGAUUUCCUCUAUUGUGUAGAUUUUAAUGAUCUACAGAGGCAGUGUGGCUGAUUGGUUAGGGUGCUGGUCAUGUAAUCAGCUGGCCUGAGGUUCAAGUCCUCCACCCUGCUAUUUGUUAGAUUUGUUCUUGGUUAUUCCAAGUUCAACUUCUUGGCAGCGCUUUGUACUUAACCAACUGGUCUGUCUCCAGUAAGUUGGGAUUUUUUAAACAUUUGUUUAUUUAUAAUGUUUUUCUCAAUUUGUUUGUAAUGGCCCUGAAAAGCACCAUUGGGGAAGUGGUCAAUUGAUGUAAUUAUAAUUAUUUUUUUAAAUGGGAAAGAUUAUUAUAUUCUGUCUAAUGAGAUUGAAUUUUUUAAAAAAAUUACCAUCAUUAUUAUUAUUAAUAAUACAAUCAUGUAAUUUUUCAGCACUUAUUUAGAAUAUAAUCUUUGUUUGAUCUCUUUAAAAAUUAUUUAUCACACAAGUCUAAAAGCAGUGCUCCAAGCUGGAACUGUUCUGGUGGCCUGAGAGAAGAAAUUUUGGCCAAUGAAUUUGCAGCAAUGGUCUCCAGUUUGGCUCCCAGUGUUUAAUCACCAUGAAGCUAAUCACUUAGGGCUGGUUAUUUAAACAAAGUUAAGCUGUAGUCUUUUGGGCAUGUCACUUUUAAUUACUUCAAGG